AUGGCGGAGAACGCUGUUAGUCAAGCUCUUAAAAAGAUUGAAAUCUUUGUUGAGGGCUUUCUUUCGUCCCCAAAUGGAGAUUCGUAUGGACUGGUGGAGUAUUUAGUCGCUGACGAGGGGAAAUUAAAGUGGUUGGGCUCUCUGGAGGACUUAAAAUUGUUUAUCGAAUCUUCGCUUCGCAUCGACGGUAGAUGGUCAUCACCGGGUGGCAACGCCAAAAAAUUUACGCUCAAAUCAGUCGAACCUGAUCAGCAGUUUGGCUUCGUUUGGUAUUGCAGAAAGCAGAAUACGAUAGUGUUUCAGGGCGAUCCUGAGAGCGUUGAAGCAGCGAAAUCAAAACUUAUAUCGAUUGCAAACAAACAUGUAAACAAAGAGACUACAUCGAUCGCGGUGAGUGAACAGUUAUUUGAUCAGGUGGACCUACAAGUGCGUGGAGUUGAUUGUGAUGGUCCUGAUCGGCGGGAGCAAGACCUGAACGUAACUUUAGUGGUUAAUGAAGAGAGCCAGACUGAACAUACUUCGAGUUUAAUAAAUGGAUCAUCGACUCAGUAUGUAUGUGCGUGUACAUGUAGUCAAGGUGAAAUUAUUGCAGAAAUAGAGGGUAUUAAGCUAGAUUUGGCGAUCUUUAAGUCGCAGUCUUGUUUUGGUACAGAUAAUCAAUACGAUUCUUUGCAAUCCAACGUUAAGUCAUUGCAACUUACACAGAAAUCCCUUAAAAAUAUUAUUAAAACUCAAGACGAGACAAUAAAUUCACUUCAACAAGAAAUAUUUGUAUUUAAGUCCAAGCUUUUGUCCUUGGAAACGCUAUUGUUUAAUGUUAAUCCUCAAUUGAACGCUUCACUUGAUCUUGAUAGCCAGAUACAAUGCACUGCGAAAAUAAAUCCCCAAGGGUCCAAUAAUGAUGUUGGAAAGAGUAAUUGCGAAAUACUAUUACCCACGCACUCGAAUAAUAAUCAGUCUACCAACGAAAAUCUACCAUCUGAAAAUGGUAUGACGAUUUGUAGUUCGCCAAAAAGUUAUCUUAAUAUCAAUGCUAAUGACCCUUCUCCACUUGUGAGUGAUGUUGUUCCUGUCCAACCUGCGAGUAAUGCAGACUUAAUGCCUAAAAGUUCUCUUGGUGUAGAAGUUAAUGUCUCUGUCCCAAAUGUGAGCGAUGCAAACUUACCGCCAUCCAAUGAGAUGCAAGUUCCCAAAAAUGAAACGCCUUGUCCGUUUAUUUUGCGGCGUGGCUGGUGCUUAAAAGGUGAACAGUGCGACUUUUCUCAUCGAAAUAUGGUUAAUAAUGAUCAAGCUCGCCAGCAUUCCGACGAUAAAAAAGGCUCCAUAUUUUGUCCGUUUCUACGUAAGAAGGGCUAUUGUUUGAAAGAAUCCAGAUGUGAUUUUUCCCAUGUCGAACCCUAUUCGUAUCCAACUGGAAAUCAUCCGGUAACAAAUGAUAACUUACAAUGCCCCCAAUUACAUCCUUUUUUAGGAAGUCAGGACCUACAAAAUAUUCCGACUUUGAUGCGCCAACUCGAAACAAGAUUACAGAGUCUCGAGUAUGCUCAAAUACCUCACCCCCCUUACCACCGGUAUUCAGUGUCUCAACCGCUGUUCCCUCCACCAAAAUCAAUGUAUCCACGACCACUAAUGAUGACCCCAGUUCAUCCCCCUCAGUAUUUACGUCGCCCACGCGACAAAAUGAACGAGCAGUAUCCCCCAAAUUACCUUCUGCGCCCACGCGACAUAACGAACAAGCAGUAUCCCCCAAAUUAUCUUCCGAGGCCAUGGUUACCCCAACCCUGGCCAACACACCCACCAUUUCCACGUCGUAUGUAGCUCGUGAUAACAAUUUCCCGCUCCCUACCCUGCUGGUGGCCAAUGUCCGUUCUAUAAUUAAUAAAAUAGACGAACUAGAGUUGGUAGCUCAAAUUAACCAAGUUGAGGUCAUAUGCAUUACUGAAUCUUGGCUUAACACCUCUGUUGUGGACUCAAUGAUUUCGUUAUCGAACUUCAUUCAAUUCAGAAAUGAUCGCACAUACUCCUGCGGUGGCGGCGUUUCCAUUUAUAUUAAAGAAGAAAUUUACUGUAGGAGGCUCGAGCAUUUCGAGGAUUCAGCCAUUGAAUCCCUAUGGUUACUACUUAGACCUAAGCGUUUACCAAGAUCUAUAUCCGCUCUUCUAAUUGCAGUCAUUUACCACACCACCUCCUCCGGCGCCAACGAGAACUUUGAACUGUACAACCAUAUCCAGCGUAAUGUCGAAUCCUUCCUUUCUCUGCAUCCUGAUGGUCUCGUGUUUGUGACUGGGGAUUUUAACCCUGUCAGUACAUUAUUUGAUGAAAAACGGUUGAAAAGAUUGUCUGGUUUAACUCAAAUUAUUAAUGUCCCAACACGUCACAACGCCAUAUUGGAUUGGUGUCUCACAAAUGCCAAGAAAGUCGUUUUUGAUGUAAGCCAGCUUCCUCCUAUUGGCUCGAGCGACCAUAAUGCCAUUUUAAUAAAACCCCAUAAAGAUCGUCUGGAGAAUUCGUGUAAUAAACAAGUAUGCAAAAGAGAUUUAAGAGAUAGCAGUAUAAGACAUUUUGGUCAGACUAUUACAUCUACCGAUUGGACGGAGAUAUUCGAAAUACCUGAUCCUAACAUGAAGUACCGGAGAUUUAAUGAGGUAGUUUCUGCAAUGAUGGAUUGUUUUUUCCCCAAUAAACCAACUAGUGUUAGGGAAUCUGAUAAACCAUGGAUGACGUCAUCGCUUAAGUCCUCCAUUAGUAAGCGACAAAAAUCACUUCAUAAGUACGGAAGAAAUUCACAAGCAUAUAGAUUUUGGCGCAAUAGAGUUCAACGGGAUGUUAAAGUGGCACGUAGAAAGUACUAUGCCAAUUCCGUGCAGAAGUUGAAAAGUGCAAACCCUUCCAGAUGGUGGAAAAAGGUUAAAUCCAUAGGGGGCCUCUCUUCUCGGGAAUCUUGGGUACAUCAACUACUUUCUGAAGUAAACCCCACCUGUGAGGACCUUGCUGAGUCAUAUAACGGAUAUCUUGUUGGACUUACUUCGCAUUUUAAACCCUUGUUAGAAUGCACCGAUGACCAGGAGACAGAA